UAUCUCCCUGGUCAGCCACGGAUAGGCUUAGAGGAUCCAGAGUUGCCCACUUACCUCCACUCCGAAUUUGUCACCCCGGAUUUGGAUCGACUGGGACCGCAUCUCUGGCUCGUGGCCAAACAGGACAGUACCCAUAUCUCCUCACUCACAGAACAAGCCGUGCGCGGUCGUCGAGUGGUUAUCACCGAGAAUCCAGAGCUCCAUCUGGUCUGGGCCUACGAUAUCGUCUACCUGAAACCCAUCCCCAAGUACCUCCUUUCACACCCCUUCUGGGAAUUCUAUCUCACCCGGCAGAACCCUGUCGUGUCUAAUGAUACUGCCCGAGAGGCAAUCGUGCGAGGGGCACGAGGCUUUUUACGAUCGUACUUUUAUCUGAUUCAGCACAAAUCCGACUUUCUCACUGCAACAAACGAGGGUCUUUGUCUUCUACCGCACGGUAUCCGGUACUCGCAGUUUAUGCGCUUUAUUUCUGCGUUCGAGAAGGUACAAGAUUCGGAUGUCUCUCCCCGGUAUCAUUUUGGGCAACUACGACUCACGCGGCUGAAUUUCUGGUCCAAAGUAUUCCUGCAGCGGCUGAACUUUCACAAAAUGUAUUGGCAGUACGGGACUCUCUUCGCAAAUUAUUAUGGUCCACUGCUAUUUGUCUUUGGGUGGUUCAGUGUUGCGCUCAGUGCGAUGCAGGUGGCUUUAGCGGUAGAAGAUACGAACUCGACUGCCAGCCCUUGGUAUAUCUUUGCGACUGUAUCUCGUGUGUUCUCGGUCGUGACACUUUUUGUCAUUCUGCUCUCAAUAGUUUUCCUU